AGAAAAGCCCGGGCAGCAGGCUUCAGAAAGACUGAAUGUAAAGCUGGGCUCUGAGUCUGCCAUGCCCCUGGUGUGCUGCUCUGCACAUUAAUUAAGGGGGCUAAGAGGUCAGCAAGGACAUCCGUGGAGACUCCACAAUGAAAGGUGAACUGCUCCUGUUUUCCAGCGUGAUUGUCCUGCUCCAGGUGGCAUGCAGCUGCCCGGACAAGUGCCGCUGUCACUCACCUACAAACUUUGUAGACUGCAGCCGGCAGGGUCUGGCUGAAAUCCCUUCCCAUUUACCUCCUCAGACUCGAAUGCUGCACUUAGAAGAUAAUCAGAUACACCGUCUUCCUGCUUUUGCAUUUAGGUCGGUGCCAUGGCUCAUGACCUUAAACUUGUCCAACAAUUCCCUUUCAAAUCUGGCCCCUGCAGCUUUCCAUGGGCUUCAGCACUUGCAAGUUUUAACCCUAACCCAGAAUUCCCUCCUUUCCCUGGAAAGCAGACUUUUCCAUUCCCUCCCUCAGCUGAGGGAACUUGAUUUGUCAUCUAACAACAUAAGCCACCUUCCCACAUCCCUGGGCAAGACUUGGGAGAACCUAACUAUCCUUGCAGUUCAACAAAACCAGCUUCAACAGCUUGAUCGAGCGCUCCUGGAAUCCAUGCCCAACGUGAGGCUUUUAUUUCUCAAGGACAACCUCUGGAACUGCAAUUGCCACUUGCUUGGUCUUAAACUUUGGCUGGAGAAAUUUAUCUAUAAAGGGGGAAUAACAGAUGGCAUCAUCUGUGGAUCACCAGACAUCUGGAAGGGAAAGGACCUCCUUAGGAUCCCUUAUGAGCUGUACCAGCCCUGCCCUCUUCCUGCUCCUCAUCCAGUGUUCUCACAGGCUCAGUGGCAGGGCUCUGCCCAUGGGGUGGUCCUGAGGCCUGAGAAUCACAACUCGGGGGAGCAAGACCUCUCGGAGUGCGAGCUCAAACCGAAGCCAAGGCCGGCCAACCUGCGUCAUGCCAUUGCCACCGUCAUCAUCACUGGGGUUGUAUGUGGGAUCGUGUGUCUCAUGAUGUUGGCAGCUGCCAUCUACGGCUGCACCUAUGCAGCAAUCACAGCCACGUACCAUGGGGGACCCUUGGCUCAAACCAAUGAACCUGGGAAGGCAGAAGCAAAAGAGCAAUUUGACAGCUCACCAGCGUGAGAGCCUGUGUCUCAAGUAGGACUGGUUAUUGAAGGCUAGAAGAUCGUGUCCAAGUAGGGCUGAUGCGUUCACUGUUAGGCUCAUUUUGCUUUUGCCAAAAGA